AAACUCUCAACCCAAUUGACACUCCAAACAUAAUUGAAGCCUUCAACAUAGAAUAGGAAACAUGUGUUUUUCGUUCGCGGAUUAUGAUUAAAAAUGACUUUGAAACUGCAACCCUCCUAUUAGACUUUUGUGUUUUCCCAAAAAAUGAAAACAUUAAACAGAAAGCAAAAACAUAUGAGAAAAUAAGAAGGCUUCUAAUAGUCCAUAAAACACUACUCCUGAUUAUGGCUGCCUAUAACUCCAGAAAUACUCAUCUCUGUUCACCAGAGCAGCUUCUAUUUUUUCUCUUCAUGUUCUACAUGUUAUUCUUUCUGUCAGUGUUCUCAUUUGUUUCUCCCUUGUCUUUUAACUUUGACAGCUUCAAUCCAAAUAACCAUGAAAUAAAUUUUGAGGGAGAUGCAUAUCCUGCGGCUGGAGCUAUUCAACUGACCUUAAACGAGCGCGACAAGGACAUGAGCGGGAAGACAGGACGAGCCACCUAUACAGAAUCACUGCACCUUUGGGACAAUGCCUCAGGAAAUCUCGCUGACUUCACUACUCAUUUCUCCUUCGUGAUCUCUACGACAAACAUUUCAAGUCCAAUCACCGGUGAUGGCCUUGCAUUCUUCCUUGCUCCCAGUGGUUCCCAUAUACCUCCAAACACUGAAGGUGGUGGUCUUGGCCUUGGUCACAGUCUUGCGAGCAACAACCAGACAACUAACUCAACAGGCCCUCCAUUUGUUGCAGUUGAGUUUGAUACAUUUGCAAACCAAUGGGACUCUGACACUGGCGCUCAUAUCGGUAUUGACAUCAACUCUGUAACCUCUGUCGCAACUAAGCCUUUGCCUGCUAGUAUUCAUGAUGGGAAAAAAGUUGAUUCUUGGAUUAGUUAUGAUGCUAAAUUAAAUAAUCUGAGUGUACUUUUCAAAGGUUACAAUGCUGAAUUAGGUAUUUACUACAUAGUUAAUCUGAGAAAAUACUUGCCGGAAUGGGUUGCUUUUGGCUUCUCGGCUACCACCGGAGCUUCAACUGAGAUACAUUACAUUUGCUCAUGGUAUUUCAAUUCAAGUUUACAGACUAUUGGGUAUGACAGAAGUAAUCAUACUGAUCCAAUUGCAGCCAUGACAAAGCACACAUCAUCAUCCCGAGUAGGAACUAACAAAAUAGUAGAAGUUGCAGGAGUGACUUUUGGUGCAACUGUUGUGAUUUUCGGAUUGGUUUUGUCAUUAGUUUACUUAUGGAAAAAAAGAGUAAAGAGGGGAAAGGGGAAUGGUGGAAACCAUCCUGCAUUCAACGCAGCCAUGGACGAUGAAUUUGAGAAAGGAAUGGGUUCUAAGAAGUUUCCUUAUCAUGAAUUGGCUCGCGCGACAAAGAACUUUACAGACGAUGAGAAGCUUGGAGAAGGAGGGUUUGGUGGGGUGUACAGAGGCUUCUUGAGGGAUUGGAACUCCUAUGUCGCAAUCAAGAGGGUUUCGAGGGAGUCUAGACAAGGGAUAAAGGAAUAUGCAUCGGAAGUGAAGAUCAUUAGCCGAUUGAGACAUAGGAAUUUGGUGCAACUGCUUGGUUGGUGCCAUGAGAAAGGAGAACUACUACUUGUUUAUGAGUUCAUGCCAAAUGGCAGCCUAGAUACCCUUCUCUUCAAGGAAGAAAAUGUAUUGUCAUGGAGUGUGAGGUACCGAAUUGCUCAAGGCCUUGCCUCAGCUUUGCUGUAUUUACAUGAAGAAUGGGAACAGUGUGUCAUGCAUAGAGAUGUGAAAUCGAGCAACGUUAUGUUGGAUUCGAGUUUUAAUGCUAGGCUCGGAGAUUUUGGUUUAGCCAGGCUUGUUGACCAUGGAAAAGUACCACAAACCACAGACUUGGCUGGGACUAUGGGCUACAUGGCUCCUGAAUGUGUCACGACAGGCAAAGCAAGCAGAGAAUCCGAUGUGUACAGCUUUGGGAUUGUGGCUCUGGAAAUAGCCUGUGGAAGAAAACCAAUUGACCCAAAUGCCAAAGAGAGUCAGAUAGUGCUGGUGGAGUGGGUUUGGGAACUCUAUGGAGUAGGACAGAUUCUUGAAGCUGCAGAUCCGAAACUACGUGCAGAAUUCGAUAAUCGACAGAUGGGACGGUUGAUGAUCGUCGGGCUGUGGUGUGCUCACCCGGAUUUCAGUAACCGGCCUUCAAUAAGGCAAGCAAUUCAUGUCCUUACUUUUGAAGCACCAUUGCCCAUUCUCCCAUCGAAAAUGCCCGUGCCAACAUAUUUUGCUCCUCCACUGAACAUGCUUUCAUCUUCAUUUUAAGGGUUGAAUCAGUGUUAUUUCAGUCUUUGAUAUUUCUAGACAUUUGAUUGCAUACAUGUUUAGUUAAUGUUUCUAUGAUCUCUGAGUAAAAGUGAUUACUUUUUAAAACAAUCUUCCUACUAUAUGCUUUAUCAAAAAAAAUGGCCAUCUACAGAUCGGCCAUACAUCCCUAAGUUUUUGCUCAUAAAAAAUAGAUACAAAUCAGGGAGUCAAAUAUAUACACGUUCAACCAUUCAUUUGCUGCUAAGUUAGUUUAUCAUUUGAAACUGAACAUUGUUAUGCAAAGAAUGGAAAUCAACUGGUUCACCAAAAUCAGUAUGAAGGAAAAAUAUACAAGUAAUCAUAUUACUUGAUGCAGAAACAAUUUGGAUCGGAUGCUUGAAUAACGAGUCUCGUCUGGAAAACUCCCCGUCAAUUGAGAAACUACUAGAGUUUUUCAAAAAUUGAUCCACACUCCAAAUUCCUGAGCUUUCAAGAUAAUAGCUUCAAGAUAGAUAAAUAGAGAGAGAACUUAUUAUUUUUAGUGUGUCUACAAAAUGCUGAGUAUGAGCCCUUAUAUAAGUAUAUAUGGCAAAUCAUGUGUACCUCAUGAUUAGGGCACACCAUGUGUACCACAUGUCUAAUAUCAUGUGUUCUUCAUGAGUAAACCAUGUGUGGAUGGACCAUGUGGUCUUCAAGGUUAGACCAUACCAUGUGUACACCGAGGUCACGCCAUGUGUAUUUACUACAUGGUUUCCAACACAGUAAAAAAUAAACCAAACGAAACCAAGUCUUAAGUCCCAUCAAAUGGAGUCGGUUAAACACAGUAAAAAAUAAAGAAUUAAAAACCAGUGAACAGAACACUAAUGCACACUAAUUUAUUGAGUUAAAUGGAAGAGAAAAAUGGACCAAAAAAAACCAACAAAGAUACAAGAACUAAACAGUAAAAGGAAACCAACCCAUCAAACCCACGAGACAAAA